ACUAGUGAGUGACCUUGCAGCCUUUGUGCACACAAGCAGAUCCACCAGCUAAGAUGGAAAGGAAACGRCAUCACUACCCCCACUUGGAGAAGUGAAGGCUGUGGAAUCAAGUGSUCCCAGAGGGAAACCUGAUAUCACCUUUCCACUGCAGUGAGGUGGCGAACCAACCAGCCUAGAGAAUUCUGACAGCUUAGAGGUGAUUGACGGCUCUCCAGUCCAAUCAGAUGGCGGUCCGCGCCCCGCGGGUGGGCGGUGUUUCCUGGUCCGCCGUGCGGGUCGGGUCGCGGCGCCGGUGCCGGSUCGCGGAGGUGAUGGGGACUCCGGGCGGCGCCGGCGGGCMGGGAUCCGAGCCGCCACCGCCCGGGGACUUGCGCAGCGUGCUGAUCACCAGCGUGCUGAACUUGGAGCGGCUGGAGGUUGACCUCUUCAGGGGCCGGCACCACUGGGUGCCCGCCACACAGCGCCUCUUCGGCGGGCAGAUCGUGGGGCAGGCGCUGGUGGCGGCCGCCCGCUCCGUGAGCCGUGAMGAGCAGGUGCACUCCCUGCACUGCUACUUCGUGCGAGCAGGGGACCCCAAGGUGCCGGUGCUGUACGAGGUGGAGCGGACCCGUACAGGGAAGAGUUUCUCCGUUCGCUCUGUAAAGGCCAUCCAGCAUGGAAAGCCAAUCUUCACCUGCCAGGCCUCCUUCCAGCUCUCCCAGGAGAGCCCAGUGCAGCACCAGUUCACCAUGCCAGCCGUGCCACCCCCCGAGGAGCUGUUGACACAGGACGAGCUCAUCCAGAAAUUCCUACAAAAUCCUAACUUGGCUGAGAGAUACAGGAAGCAACUCACCAAGAUCCAAGCCGAAGAUGUGCCGAUUGACAUUAAACCCGUGAACCCACCGGACACAUUCAGCUCAGAGCCACAGGAGCCAAAGCAGCUCUUCUGGGUGCGAGCACGAGGCUACAUAGGGGAGACUGACAUGAAAGUGCACUGCUGCGUGGCCGCCUACAUCUCUGACUACGCCUUCCUGGGCACGGCCCUGCUCCCACACCGGCAGUACCGCAUCAAGUUCAUGGUGUCCCUCGACCAUUCCAUGUGGUUCCACGCACCCUUCAGAGCUGACCACUGGAUGUUGUACGAGUGUGAGAGCCCCUGGUCGGGUGGGUGCCGGGGCCUCGUGCAGGGACGGYUGUGGCGCAGGGACGGGGUCCUGGCUGUCACCUGCGCGCAGGAAGGUGUCAUCAGGGUGGAACAGACGUCAAACCAGAGCAAGCUCUAGCUGAGGAGACCCUACAGGUUGGGGCUCAGGCAUGCCGAGGAAGGGAGCUUGGGACCAAGACAGGACCUGGACAGGAAAAAGGAGACCAGGUGGGAUUCAGCACUGUGGGGAGUCCUGGUGCUGGAGGUAUCUGCAACAGUGACCAACAGAGCAUYGCUGCAACCAGCUGCUAGCUGCACACCAUGUAACCACACACUGCCAUCAGCUAUCCUUCACCCACCUUAAAAUAAAGCUGUUGGGUGAAGAGCUGGACUCUGUCCCUGGAAUUUGUCCUCUUGGACCUGUGACUAUGCUUGCCCAAGGGCAGGCAGUGCCAGGGGCAUAGUGGGUCGGCUCUGCCCCUAUCGCAUUUG